GAGAGAGAGAGAGAGAGAGAGAGAGAGCUACAGACACACGCACGCACACAGAUCAGCAUAAACAAGGUGUGAAGAGGCUAUAAAAGGGGGUUGCUGAAAUGGCAGAGGGACAUUUUGAAAAUCUUUGCUUCGACGCAUGCGUCGAGCCCCAGUCCGACGUCUGAUGGAGCACGAUGAGAUUGAAGAAGGAGAAGAGGAGGUGAAGGUGCUAGAGAAAGCUUCGGAAAUUGAAGAGACGCAGAUUUGUGAUGUUACUACGAACGAGUCGAUUCAAACAGAACGAGAUUGGAUAUCAUCGUGACGUUUAAAUCAACGUGUCCCGAUUGAAUUUGAUCGUACGAAGACCAUUUAUCCGGACAUUAUUUUUCUUAAUACGAGACUCGGGGAAAUCAGGUUGAUGAAAGAUGCCUGGAGAAAAUCGUGAGGAUCGGAUCAAUCAUUCUUCGCUAGGUCUACCAGGUGAUACUCGUCAAGGAUCAUUAAGUUCAUCGCCACGUCGAUCAAGCAACACUAUGAUUCCUUUGCCCCGUUCAACGAAAUUCGUGUCAUCGAGCAAUACAGUGAAUCCAAAGACUGUAAAGACUAAGAGAAAUCGUUUGAGAUUGAUCAUGGAGAAUAAGGAAGCUUUUGAUGCUAUCGAGAAGGAAGAUCAAGAGGAUAGAUCUUACGACGAUCGUUUUGGAAGAACUUCGACGAUCUUACGAUACUCCAAAGUCACACGGGACACUUAUCGGACUAGCGAUUGCAAGGAGGACGUGGAGGUGGUAGCAUCUAAGAAAACUUGGGGUUUGUUACCGGAGGAAAAUCAAGAAGGAAGUGGAGGAGGUGGAGGUGUAGGAGGAGGAGGAGUGGUAAGAGUAGGAGAAAGAGGUGGAUUGGUAGGGGAUCCUCAUCACUCGUACGAAAGAUUCGAAGUGGAAGACUGCGUUGGUAGUAGCGGUUUAGGUAGCAGCAGUAGUAGCAGCAGUAGUAGCAACAAUUUGGCUAGCGGCAGAUAUAAUCAGCAAAGUGUUAGGCGCCCCAUUCGUAUUUUUGAACGUGGUAGUACGGCCCUGGUUUACCCCGUGGUCGUCGCGGCGCACGAGCCAGAGACAAGCUGCUCGAGACGUCCAGCCGCUUCAGCGGUGCCGGCAGUGCCGGUGGUGGCGGCACCCACGACGACCACCACCACCACCAUCACGGCUGCCACGACGGCUACAACAGCGGCAGCGGCCGUACGAUCAGUAGCCGCUGCCAAGAACUUGCUCAUUGAUGCUACUGAUGCUGAUCUACGUGGAUCUACUUACCUAUCAUCCAGUUUUAUCAAGGAUACUAAGAAAGAGGAUGCCAUGGAACCUGAGAUCAAAGAAGAAGAUGAACGGAGAUCGUCCGCCUCCAGUCCUGAGUUUUAUGUGAGGAGAAACAAAUGUUACAACGAGGAUGGCAGCAGCGAGGAAGAAAACAAGCCAGGUAGUUCCUUGCAAGGUCAUGGAUUACCCUCAUCCUACAGUGGAACUUGGCCCAUCAGAAGAGAUAUAUGGGCGACUCAACAAAUGGGAUUUUCCAAUCAACAAAGUGCAUCGAGCUCUACCCAUAACGACAUGGCAAGUGUUAUGAGUUUCUCUUCGAAUUCUGGUACAAUGCUUGGUACUUCGACGGAAAUGCAAGGUCAUCGUAGAUUAGGGGCUAAAGUCGACGUCGUGUAUAAUUUGUUAAGCAUGCUAGGAAGUUCCGAAGGUCGAGAGGACAUGAGCGCGACUUUGUUAUCCAUGAGCACUUCUAUCGACAGUUGUCUCGUCAUGAGACAAUCAGGUUGUCUACCUUUGCUCGUUCAAUUGAUUCAUGCUCCUGGACAAGAUCCAGAAACGAGAGAAAGGGCGUCCCGUGCAUUGCACAAUGUGGUACACGCCAAGAGCGAUGAGAGAGCUGGACGUCGGGAGGCCCGAGUUCUCAGGUUUCUCGAACAAUUACGAGAUUAUUGUCAAUCGUUGAGAACGUCGUUGGAAUCGGGACAGGCACCGGAUCUUGAGAAACAUCCAGGACCAACGAUAGCGGCCCUUAUGAAAUUAUCGUUCGACGAAGCACAUCGUCAUGCGAUGUGUCAACUCGGUGGUCUCCACGCUGUUGCCGAAUUAAUAGAGAUGGAUCACCUUGCCCACGGCAGCGAAUGCGACGAUCAAAAUUGUAUAACUUUGAGAAGAUACGCGGGCAUGGCACUGACGAAUUUAACCUUCGGAGACGGCAAUAACAAGGCUCUUUUAUGUUCCUUUCGAGAGUUUAUGAAGGCGUUGGUCUCGCAAUUACGAAGUCCCAGCGACGAUCUCAGACAAGUAACUGCGAGCGUAUUGAGAAAUUUGUCAUGGCGUGCCGAUAGCAGCAGCAAACAAACGUUGAGAGAAGUCGGCGCUGUUACGGGAUUGAUGAAAGCCGCGAUGGAGGGUAGAAAAGAGUCCACCUUGAAAUCGAUAUUAUCGGCACUUUGGAAUCUAUCUGCUCAUUGUAGCACGAACAAAGUGGACAUAUGCGCCGUUGACGGAGCACUCGCUUUUCUCGUUGAUAUGCUGAGUUACAAUGCCCCGUCGAAAACUUUGGCCAUUGUUGAAAACGCCGGUGGUAUAUUGAGAAACGUUUCCUGUCACGUCGCUGUUAGAGAAGAUUACAGAGCUAUCGUACGAGAAAGGGGUUGCUUGCAAGUGCUUCUGCAACAAUUACGAUCGCCAAGUCUGACCGUCGUCAGUAAUGCAUGCGGAGCCCUUUGGAAUCUCUCGGCUAGGUGUCCACAGGAUCAACGUCUCCUUUGGUCCCUGGGGGCGGUACCCAUGUUACGUAGUCUCGUACAUUCGAAGCACAAAAUGAUAUCGAUGGGUUCGAGUGCCGCUUUAAAAAAUUUACUCAGUGCCAGGCCUGGAUGUAGCAAUCUCGUCCAGUUGGAUUCAACCGCGCGUGGACUCGGGUUACCAACUUUACCUUCUCUCGCGGCCCGAAGACAACGAGCUCUAGAACAAGAGAUCGACCAGAAUCUAGCCGAAACUUGCGACAAUAUAGAACCCAGUACUUCGCCAACGAACAAGGACGAUAAAUUCACGUUCAAGGUCGAUCACAGUUUCCUCGCCGUUAAUACCCGUGGAUUACGUUCUUAUCAAUUGUACAAUCAGUCGAGUACAUCCGGGACUAAAUGCAACGGAGUUUCUAGAAGCGAAAGUAGAGAAUCCAUGAGGUCGGUGACCAGUACGCAUUCGGAUACGAUAUUCGAGAGGGUUCAUCGACACGUCCUGAACGGGAUGUCACCGACCGAGUCGCAAGGUAAACAAUCCUUGUCGUUACACGCUGCGACAGGAUUCGAUAAUGGAAUACAAAUGGAUAAUCCGAAGGCUACUUCGUCCGAAAAGAAAUACACGUUGCGUUACAAAAAUGCUAUACCAGAAAAUCUCAGACCUACCGACAUUGAAUUCGGUAAUGUCAGCGAAUUACGUUCGACCACUUCUACCAUAUCAUGGUCGUCGGUGCCCGAUCAAGAAGCCGUUUGCUCGCAAACCCUGUUGCAUUCCUCCGUCGAAGACAAUGCGUCGUUACUCAAUCAGAGCAUCUCGUCUACUUCUAAAUUUAACAGCCAAUCUAGCGUCUCGGAAGAAACAGAAGUAACCGUUUGCAAGAAUUCCGAAUACCGAUCGGACGUUCCCAAAUCUAAAUCGGAAAUCUCUUCGCAACUAUCCUACGUACCUGACAAUUUUUCGAGCAAUCAGUGCGACGAUUACGAUCGCAUGUACACGGAUAACUCGUUGUUACAUCAAUGCGAUCCUCUUAAUUCCAUUCAGAAUGCAAUCUCACCGACGUUGAGUCAUAAUUCCGAAGAAUCUCUGUUUCGAAAUUAUGCUGAAACAGAUCUCGAUCAACCGACGGAUUACAGUAUACGAUACGCCGAACAAACCGUGGAGGACGACGAGAAACAACAUGCCGCUUAUUUCGUGACCACGGAACAAGGUCUUAUUCAAGAGGACACGAUUAAGAUGUAUUGUACGGAAGGUACACCGCGUGGGAUAUCAUUGAAUUCAUCGCGAGCUGCUUCCUCUUCGGACUUGCAGGAAGAUAGUAAAAUGAAAAGUUUAUCGAGGAAAUUGUUAGAACCUAACAAAUUAAACGAUAUCGAGCACAACGAGAAAGCUUCGUCUUUGGUGGAUAUCGAGAAAGUCGAUUUACGUUUUACGAAUCAAGAUAAGAAACAAGACUUCGAUACUGCCAGUAAAUUUAUAGAGAAACAAUGGCAGGAAUCAGUAGCAGGUAGUUGUCAAUAUAAUAAAGAUAAUUCUACGAAAAUAAAUCCAACGGACGUUAAAAUAGAUAAGCAUGAGAUACCAAUUAAUCAAAGCGUCGCAUUCGAUACCGAAUCCAAAUCCUCGAAAGAGUUAUUUCCGAACAAAGCUACUUCUUACGUGGGAAACAUCGAUCAAGCUAGCGACGUGGACGAAGACGAUGAAGAUUUACUUGCUGCUUGUAUCAACAUUGGAAUGCAAAACAAUAGACAUAGGCAUUCCUUCAUAGGAAAUAGUUUCGAGAAACUCCCAAGAGCAGAGAGUAAUUUAAUGAGAUAUCAAACCAGUAUUGCUUUGGAUCAAGUAGAAUCAAAUGAUUCUAUUGGUUCUGCUACUGAUACUACUUUCAAUCUAAUACAACCAGAACCUACUGGAAAAGCACUGCCUAUAAAUACUUUGAGAGAGCAUUCGUCGGCUUUGUCGGAUACGACGAAAUCGUUCAAUGACGAUUUAUCGAUAACCAAAGAAGAUCAAACGGAAUUGGAGGAAUUAAGCGACAAAGAAAAGUCGAUGCUUUCUCAAAAUACGCAGAAACAUUCAUCGAACAGUAACGUUAGCGAAAUUAGUGUAACGGAUCACGAUAAUUUCUCUGUUCGUACCAUACCAUCGACGAUAGAUAUAACUCUUAGCAGUAAGGACACAAGCACGUCAAAUAUCGACUACUCUUUGCAAGAGAAAUUAGAGUCUUCGACGAAGGAGCGCUUUAAAACUUGUAAGAAUGUUGUUUGCGUUGACAAAGAUCUUAAAACGGGAGAAUCCACGAGGUGGAGUGAGACGUUGUUAAACGAGACGGAAGUUUUAGAAAAUAUAUGCGAGAUAAGAAUGAAAAGUACUGAUUCUGAAAGCAGUAACUCCAUCGAUUCCGUAGAGCAAUCGGAGCAUGCAUUGUUAGAGCUGUGCAUACAGUCUGGACUUCCUAACACAACUGAAAAUAUUACGGGAAAGCGUAGUAGUAUAAUCAACAAACAGCAGAAAUUGAACGACGAGUCUUGCGCUCGUUUAAAAACUUCCUUCAAAGACGAGCUUAACGACGAUACGAGGGACGACGACGUUGACGGGAAGGGGACGUACGUCGUUGACAAAACGACGACCAAACGGGUGGAAGAGGACGUUUAUAGACGUCAACGAGAUCCCGACGCCAUGAUCGCGUCGUUGGAUCGGCUUACAGCUACCUUGGUGCAACAGACCGAGGCAAUAAGAGAAAGAGAUUCAAAUACGAUGAAGCAAAGUAUAUUAAGCGACACGUGGAACGAGGAUUCCCCUAACGAAGUUUCAUUUCCGAGUAUCAGCAUCAGUGCUCCUAUGAUUCCUUCGUUCAAAAGCGACGUUCCAGAUGGUCAAACCACGACCAUGUCGGAUACCGCGGAAGACGAUGAGGACGAGCACGCAAACAUGACGGAUUCCAAAAUUAUUCAACAGGAAGCGAUCAAAUUGGCAGAAGCUGUUGAUGCCGAGGUAAACAAACAAAACGAAAUGGAAACAACGAGUAUGACGUCCAUCGAUCUCGACGCUAUCAAGCCACCAUCUUCGAUGGGAAGUUUGUUGUCACUGACCGCGAGUUACGCCGGACCUAUGGACAAUACGGAAAGUUACGUCAACAGGGACAGAUGUUAUUCGACGUCUCUUCCGCCUGUUCAAACUAAGAAUCAGUCGGCCGUCGAUACGCGAAAUUGUCGCAAGAAGUCAUUGCCUCUUGGGGUCGUGGCUAAAAGAGCAUUGAAUCAGGGACAAAGUCAUACGGGUAGCUUGGAAAAUCUAUUAAACGAUUGCGUACACUCCCAUUUGGAAAAUGUUAAGCCACCUUCCGUAAUGGACGAAUUGUUCGACGUUGGAGAUAUGGAGAACAGUAUGUUAAGCGUAGCGAGCAUUACCUCGGAAGUAGCGGAUAACAAGGAUCAUGAUUCGCAUUCUUUGUCGGGAAGCGAUCCGGUAUUUGAUUUACUUAAGCCCGUGGCAAACGUAUUGUCCAUCACGUGUAUGCGAUAUGCCGAAGGUAUGCAAUCGAGUGGCAACAACAGUCUCAGCGAGUAUUUAGAAAACAUCAAUCCUCCGUCUCUCUUCAACGAAGUCAACGAAAUGGAUCGAUCGACGAUGGAAGGAAACACGGAUACCCUUUGCAACGACACCCUGUGCAUGGACACGGAAUUGCGCACGGAAGAGGUGCCAGCUACUCUGGUAGAAGCUAUCGACGAAGGUGAGAACGAUACCGACGAAGGAGUUACCACCAUUUCCUCGGAAUAUUGCGUGAGCAGUUCGGCCGAGUCGACUCCGAAGAAGAGAUCGAACAAAAAUCAUUUAACUCCCAAACAAAAGAGAAAUCUAGCGAAGGAGAGAUACAAAACGUAUACGAUCGCCGCUGAAUUCGUAAAGAAGGAAGAGGAGAGACGCAAACAGGAGGGCAAGCCAGGAGAGACACCGAACAAAAUAACCACCCAAGGCAAGUGCUCUCCUUUUUCCAAAUUAACACCCAAGCAGCGGAGACAAGAGGAUAGGGCACGCUUUCAAACCCAAGUACUCGAAAAUCCCUUUCCGAUUAUCAAUGCCAUUGUAAGCAACAAAGAAGAGAUCGAUCAGACGUGUUGUCGACAAAAGGACGAUGCAGAAGUUGGAGACCCAGCGAACGCUGCUAAAUCUUCCAUUCCUACGCUUACCAAAUUACCGAUCCCUAGAGCAUUAAGAAAGAAGCGCGCCGAAAAUCAAGAGAACAAGGAAAGAUAUCGCACAAGAACGUUAAAUGAUUCCGAGUGUAUGCAAAGGGCCGACGACUGCGAUAUCGAGCCAACGAGCAACAAUUUGGAGAAGGAAGGCAACGCUGACAACGUCCACGACAUCGCCUUGGAAGAAAUUAAUAACAUGUUGGAGCAUAAUGCUACUAUAGUAUUGAACACCUUGAACGAGUCUAGCAAAACCCAUGCCAUCUCUCUCGGAGAAGACGUUUUAUUGGAUCAAGAAACUUUAAGUCUGGUAUCGAACGAAUCCGGAUCGGAACAAAGUCUAAGAUUAUGUUUCGUCAAUGGAGUUUCGAAGAGAUUGAUGGACACGUAUACUCAUCAAGGAGACGUAUCGCAAAGAUUUCAUCAAAAUGCACAAGAGGAAAAGGAUAAAUCCGACGUGGAACAUGCACCGGAAGAAAAUGAUCCUAUAGAAUCGGGUAGCGAUAACGGAUCUAAUUGCACGGAGGAACAAUGUCAGGUAAUUAAACGUCCGCGUAUAAUUAAGCCAGGAAUGGGUAGUAGUAGAGAUGUUAGCGCGGAUUCGAACGCGACGGACAAGUCGGAACCAGGAAGUCCGAAAGCUAUUCGCGGAAGAAGAAAAGCCUUGUAUUCUAAUCCAAUCACGCGUAAGCCGACUCCACAGUCGUCUCCGUUGAAACAUCCAACUCCCAUUAGUGCUAUUCCCAUCGGACGUAGUAACACUUCUCCUAUCGUUAGAACUACCAGGGCCACUACUCUCAGGCAAAGUAAUAGUCCAGGUGUAACUGCUACAACAACGAAAGAACCUUUAAAGACAAAUGCCAGUCCAAAGAUAUCCUCCGCCAUAGCCAGUUACGAAAGUAAAAUAAAAAAUGCAAAUGCUGCGAGCAAAAGGACGUCGGUACCGAACAAGGGAUCUUCGUUGACAUUCACGAGAUCCAACAAACGCCAUAGUACGCCUGCAUGCUCGUCGAGUAGCCAAAAUGAAUCUAAAGUUGAAGUACCAACGAAGCAAUUGGAACGUCAGGGAACAUUCACCAAGGACGAACCAGAAGUGGAAAAUGCGCCGACGGUAUUUUCACCGGCUUCGCCGAUAAAAACGAAAAUUGCCAAGCCGAUAAAAGGAACGUCGAAGAUUCACCCAGCCGUUGGGAAAUCAAAAAUUUCUGUGAGAGCUCAUCAAACGUAUCAGACGAAGGGUGUAAAGGCAAAUGGCGUAGAAAAGCCACUGGUAUCGAAGCUCGUGCCAACAUUAGGUAUUCCCAAGAGCAAUACCAAGGUAACAGGAACGAGUAAGGCUGUAACCAAUAAUCAGAACGCACCGCAAAACGAUAAUGGAAAAGUUUUUCGAAAGAUAGGACCUUUGGGUCAGAGAUCUAACAGCAAUUCUAGCAUCAUAUCCGACACGUCGAGCGGCGUACAAAAUCGCAGAUUGGCGAAGGAAGCGACGAGUAAAAUCGCUAGUCUGUGGAAGAAGGUAGAAGAGAACAAAAGUAAACAAUUGUCCGAUAAGUCGGACGGGAGAAAGUGGAUUACGCCUGGUGGUAGCGUUACGGGAGAGAUAGACGGGCAAAUUGUUUCGAGCAAACCACCCGCGUUUAGAUUGUUCCGUAGUUCUACGUUCGAAGGAGUUCCUCAAGAUGACAGUCAUAAGGUGUCCAUGCAAAAAUCCAGAUCUAAACAGCCCUCGAUAACAAACGUUCAAGCCAAUGGGGUUAAGUAUAGAAAUUCUUGCGACUUGAGCGGUAUGAACGCAAAUGACGCACCCUGUAAGAUCCCUGUUAAAUCGUCCAACAAUCCUACCACGUCAAGGAAAGACAACAUCGUGCAAGGAGAUAACACCGUUAUUUUACGUCGUCAACAGGGAAACGACGCUGGCAUUGAAAUCGACAGUGUAAAGCGUAUGUCGCGACUUGGCUCUUUUAUAACGGUAGAUCCACCUAAUUCGGACAUAGCACAAAUACCAGUCAUGUCUGGCAAUGGACGUACACCGGCAUCAGCUAUCGUACCACCCUUUAAUUACAACCCUAAAACGGACAUUCCUUCGCACAUAGUUAAGGGUAGAUCGGAUGAUGCUGAAGGAAAAUUUGAAGUAACUGAUAGUCAUCAAACGGAAAUAGUCACGGCCUCUUCGAGAGUAACGACGGUAUAGAAGAACAUCCGAGUUUUGUAGCAGUAAUUUUAUUGUUGCAAACCUAGUCAUUAUAAACAUUGAUCCAUUUAUUUCGCAAUCACGUUGCUUUAGUAUUUUAGGUAUUUCGAUUGAUUUCUUUCUAUCUUUAUUACCUGAAUUAUUCGUGUGCUCGUAUGCAACGUAUUUAUAUUUUGAUACGUUUCUCAAAUUCUAUAUAUAAUAUAUAUAUAUAUAGAGAGAGAGAGAUUUAUCGUUAUAUUGUUUUACUAUUUUCGAGAUCGUACGGUGAUUCGUUUUUUUAUAUGUAAAGAAAAUGGUGAGAGAGAGGUAUAGUAGCAGGAAAUUCCACAAUCCAUUCCUGUUCGAGUUUUAUGUGUGUUGUAUAUAAUAAAAUAUGACAUAAUUCCAUCAAUACGAGUCAGUAUAAAAUUAUAUAGCGUCUAUAUUAGUAAUUACGCGGGAUUAUUUAUUCCAUUUUGUAUAUACUAAAUGUGAUUAAGAACUGUAGAAAAAAGUUAGCAAUGUAUGUUAUACAAUAACACUGGUGAUACGCUACUGUACAUCUUUAAUUAGUGAAAACGAAGAGAAAAGUUAGAUCUGUAUUUUGUUUCCAUCAUAGUUAAUAUGUACUCAUUUCGAUGAGCGCAUCGUCUAAUUACUUUUGAAGACUGAUAGUGACAUGAGAUAUAUUUGGGCAAAACUUGAUGUGUUUUCAACAUGCAAGAAAAUUAUAGUAAAUUAGUCAUACAGUUUAUAUAUAUAUAUAUACACACACACACACACGGACACACAUAUGUAUGUAUGUUUGUGUGUGCAUGUAUAUGUAUAUGAAUUUAGUGGUCUACAUAAUGCUAAGAUGAAAUUAUUUGUGAGAAGACAAAAUUUUAUAAAUAAUACACCCUAAGUUUCUAGUCUACUUCUAACAUAAAUUUACGGUCAAUACAGCUUCUAUUUUGAUCAUAUGUCUUAUUAGAUAAAUUAAUUCAUAUUUAAAUAUGUCUACCAAAUCAAGUUAUAUCAUCCUUUUUAAAGGUAUAUAUAUAUAUAUAUAUAUAUAUAUAUAUAUUAUUAAAAUAUGCACAGAGAUCUAUUGCAUAUGGAUUCAUGAUAUUUGAAUAUAAUUUAUUAUUAUUAUUUUUUUUCCAUACGUCGAUAUCAUUUUCUGAUCAUAUUUUUUCAUUAUUUAAUAUAAUUACGUUCUGUAUUGUGUCAUCGUUCCUUCUUUUGCGAACCGCAGUUCCAUUAGAAGAGAAAUGUUUGGCGUAGUAUGGAAAGUUUUUCUUUCUUUCUUUUUUUUUUUUUUUUUUUUUUUUAUAUAUAUAUAUAUAUCUAUUAAAUGGCAUUUAUAAGUAUUCAGCCCUGUUCCAGUUCAGGUUAAUUAAAUUUAACCAUUCCAACUCGGAUAAUCAGGGUCAUUUUUAUUUCUUUCUUAAAAUCAAUUUUCUCUGCAUUUUGCAUAUUUUUCAUGAUCAUUGUGUAAUAAGUCUCUUUAUUCUUCUUAGGCGAUAAGUAACAUUUAUUUCUGUUAUAUUAUAUUUUACAUUUGGCAGGUAUCUAAGUAUAAUUUGUAUACUAUUAAGUGCUGCAUAAUAAAAUUUCUAGCUACUA